GGGCGUGGAGCUGAGGGGAGGGGUUGUCUCAAAAGUCUCUCCUUCCCUCUGCAGGGUGCCUGGCGAGUACACGCGCGAGCGAAGGGUGCCAGGGACAGGGGAAGAAGAAACAAAGUUCCCGGGGCUCCCUCCGGGGCCGCUGUCUUUUUAGCCGUCCCUCUCCUCGCGAAGGCAAUGGCUUCCAAACUCCUGCGCGCGGUCAUCCUUGGGCCGCCCGGCUCGGGCAAGGGCACGGUGUGUCAGAGGAUCGCCCAGAACUUCGGCCUCCAGCAUCUGUCCAGCGGCCACUUCUUGCGGGAGAACAUCAAGGCGAACACGGAAGUUGGUGCUAUGGCAAAGCAGUACAUAGGGAGAGGUCUUUUGGUUCCAGAUCGUGUGAUCACACGCCUGAUGAUGUCGGAGCUGGAGAAUAGGCGCAGCCAGCACUGGCUACUAGAUGGUUUUCCUAGGACUUUAGUACAGGCUGAAGCCCUGGACAGAAUCUGUGAGCUGGAUCUAGUGAUCACUUUGAACAUUCCAUUUGAAACGCUCAAAGAUCGUCUCAGCCGACGUUGGAUUCACCCUCCUAGUGGAAGGGUAUAUAACCUGGACUUCAAUCCACCUCAUGUACAUGGAAUUGAUGACGUCACUGGUGAACCAUUAGUCCAGCAGGAAGACGAUAAACCUGAAGCAGUAGCAGCCAGGCUAAGACAGUACAAGGAUGUGGCAAAGCCAGUCAUUGAGUUAUACAAGAGCCGAGGAGUGCUCCACCAAUUUUCUGGGACGGAGACUAACAAUAUCUGGCCUUACGUUUACACGCUUUUCUCGAACAAGAUCACACCUGUUGAGUCCAAAGAAGCAUACUGAGCCUACCCAAUGGAAGAACCAGGAAAAUGUGGUUAUAUUCAGUUGUGUGUGAAAUAUUGGUGCCAUGUCCAAAUUAGAAGCUAGCUAAUACAGCUUGCAGUGUCUUUUCUAGUAUAAACGGUGAACUGAUAUGAAAACUUACGAGUAGAAAGAGUUAAUGAAGAGGCUGUCCUCUGCCUUUCAGAAGGAGGGACACCUAUACAUGUUUAAGAUGUCUCUGCACAGGUCUCAAAGCCUUUAUGAGAAAGCAAGUAUAGGUUGGAUUUCAAACAGUGUAUAAUCUAAGCUCUUGCUAAUUUUGACAGCCAUGUUGUUGCUCUAGUAGCCUUUUUACAUGUGAUGGUGUUGGUCUCUGGUUCUCCCUGUGCCCUCAAAUGCUAUUGAACCACAGCAAAAGUAGGUCUGAGAACACGAAGGGCUGUAGCCCAGGUGUUGUCCCCAGUUCUCUGAUACGUGCUCUCCUGGUGACAGUGGGAUUAAAGCCAAAUGCUCUCAGUGGUUGCCUCUCUGGUGUUGAGUGACUGUGUGUCUACAAUCCAUUUUUUCUGCUAGGAGUGACACCUUCUUUUCCGCACAUACGCUCCAUAGAAUCUCCUUUUCAGACAUCCUGGAAUGAAAGGAUUUGGCUUUUACUAUUUUUAUUAGACUGUGUUAUUUGUACGUCUGUUUUCUUCCUUCCUGUGCUA